AUGGAUCGUGGAAAGGCAGUUGUCAAUGGUGGGGUGUCAGUAGAGGGUACUAGUGGGUUACUUCCUCACGAGAAGUUGAAGGUCAAGUUAAAGCUCUCUGAUUUGGAAGGCAGUAUGGAACUAACGACCCCACUCAACCUCUCUGAGCGAGAUGAAGAAGAUGAGGAUGUGGAAUACGAGGUUGAGCCCGACGAAGAUCCUGAAGAAGAUCCCGAGGAAGACCUUGAUGAGGAACCUGAAGAAGACCCCGAGGAGGAACCCGAGCGAAAUCACAUGGAGUACCAUGUGGAACAAAGUUACAAAAUGUUCCAUAUGCCCUAUGUGGAAUACACGCCAAGUAGUCCUGGUACCUAUUGGGAGCGACUUUAUAAAGAUGAAAUACCACAGGCACAGCUUGAGAUUCACAGUUUGAAAAGAAAGAUUAAAGAGAUAGAUGAGCAUAGGUCGAGGCUUGUACAGGAGAACCAAAUACGGGUUGUGGCUGUUGAGAAAAAAGAUCUAGGAGGUUUACUAGGGUCACCCCGGAGGAAGAACACAUCCCAAUUAGAGCUUAUGUUAGGGCACCAGGAGAUGUACCAGAAACCCCACUCCGGAUCCCACCGUAGUCGAGGUCGAGGUCGUAGAAGGGGUCAUGCGGCAAACACGAUCACUAGAGAAGAGUUGGCUGAUGAGAUUGCUCGAACGAUUCGAGAUACCUUACCAGAUGUAGUUGCUCAGGAACGAGAAGCAAUAAUGGGUGAGUAUAAAGGUAAAUUGGGUGGAGGUGAAGAGGAAUACAAGUACAAUACACCAAAUAUGAGUCGUGAACCAAGUAUUGCACAACCCUCAAGGAAUCAUGGCAACCACGAUCAGCGAGGUUGUAGUUACAAGACGUUCAUAAAUUGUAAGCCACCCAUAUUUAACGGAGAAAUUGACCCUGUUUUGUCAUCAACAUGGAUUAUGGAGAUUGAGGGAACAUUUGAUAUUAGCACGUGUGCGGAUGAGGACAAGGUGAUUUAUGUUGCGACACUGUUAAAGGGGGAGGCAAUACAUUGGUGGGGCAUGGUAAAGGAAGUUAAGGGGCGUGAGGCGGCCAAGAGGAUGUCAUGGAAUGAGUUUCUAAUAAUCUUUAAAGAAAAUUUUUGA